AUGUUUAACUGGAUGGUGAAGGUGGUGCCUCAGGUGCCAGAUGGUACCGACACUGUGGGAGAACAGAAGCUCACUGCUGCUGAUGGGAAUGGGAAAGCAGUAGGAACCCGAGGAAAGCUGAAGUCAGCGAAAUCAAUCAAGCAGGAUGAUCAAGGGUCAGAAACAUCCCAGGGCAGCGUUCAGAGUGGGGUCAUGAACUGGCUCUCUAACGGCUUUGUGAGCGCCCUGCCCCAGCCUGCAGGAAGCCCCCUCCUGCAAAGAGCCAACUCUGAGGCCAAGUCUUCCCAAGAGGAAGGUUCAGAGAGACCAGGAGUGAUUGGAUGGAUCUCUCAGGGAAUCGGGAAGGUCGUGCCUCAGCCAGAGGCCAAAUACACCCAGAAGAGCACAGAGCCUGACGAACAAACAGAGAUUUACAAUAUUGAGGAAAUUCCAGAUGCAGAGCCGCUACCUCACAUUCCAGUGGUGGAGAUGGUUUCAGAGGACGAAGUGUCUGAAAUAGAACCUCCAGCUCAGUUCCAACCCCGAGUGGUGGACUGGAUAAAAACUGGUUUGCAGAAUGCACUGCCCCACCCUGUGCCCCGACCACCUGACUAUCCAGACAGCAGCUCACAGAGAUCAUCCCGCUGUUCAAAUAAAGUACUGUCACCUCCUCCAGAAUCAGUGACCAGUCUUACAGAGGUCGAUACAAAGGUCAGCAUGAUGGGAUGGAUUGUCCAUGGUCUAGGCCUGGCUCUACCACAGCCUGUCAUAAGAAGCAAAGAGGAGCAUGGGGUGAGUGAGGCACCACAAACAUUCAGCUUCCUUUUAACAUUUUUGGAUAAUUAUUCCUCAAAUGACUUCCUAUUUUUUGGUUUCUCAGGAGGCUGCAGACGUUAUGCAAAACGGCCUGCUCCUGCAGACAUGGUCCUUGAGGAGGUCGGUCCUGAGGAAGUGGUUCCGGUCCAGGAGAGGAGAUCUGAGCAGCCAUCCUCAAAGUCAGAGCCUUCACAGGUCCUGCAGAGUUCUGCACAAGCAGAGCCGGUGGAACAGUCAGAACCAGCGAGUUCUCUGAGCAUCCACCAGUCAGUACCAGGCUCAUGCACACAGUGGGAAGAUGCCGAGACCCAAACCGGACGAUGGACACCCUUCAUCGAGAGUAUCAGAAAAGAGGCAGAGAACAACGCCAUUGCAACUAUGGAGGAACGGUUGCGGCAGGAACGUCUGGAGAUGGCAAGGAUGGCUGAAGAGGUGGCGAGGCAGACGGCUGAACAGGCAGUCAGAGAGCUGGCCAAAGCCAGAUUGGCCAUGCACAGCACCAUCAUAGAGGUGGAGGAGGAGACAGAGCCAGAGUUACAGGUGCUGCAGGACGAGGAGAGUGAAGUGGAAGUCUCACAGAGUAAAGUCACUGAGUGUGAGGAACUAUCUCGAGUCGAGGAGUUUGUCCAGGAAGCUGAAGAGCUAGAAGACAUUGUAGAGAAUCUAGAAGAAGCAGUAGAAGAUCCAAAGAAGGCAACAGAUAAUUCAGAAGAACCCGUGAAGGAUCCAGAAAAGGAACUAGACAAUCUAGAGGAAGAACAAGUUGACCUAGAGAAGCCAGAAGAUCCAGAGAAGGCAACAGACAAUCUAGAAGAAACAGUCGAAGAUCCGGAAAGAGAAGUAGACAAUUCAGAGAAAGCAGACAAGGACCUGGUUGAUGCAGUAGAAGAUCCAGAAGAGAAAACAGAGAAGGUAGAGGAGACAGAGGAAGCAGAAGGAUAUACAGAGGAGCCUCCUGUAGAAGAACCCAAGCUUCCCUCACCCCCUCCAGAAGCGGAGUCUGAACGUGCCUCUCCUGAGCCUGUUAAAGCAGCAGCCUCUCCAGUAGAGGAGCCAGAGGAAUCAGAGGAAGAGGAUUCUGAGGGUUCUUCAGAGGCCGAAUCAGAAACAGCUGUAAUCACUGAGCAGCCCAAGCCUGCCCACGGCGAUGCUGAUGCUCAGGAGGAAGGGGCGUUGACUGAGGAGGGAUCUGAGGUUCCCUCCAGGUGUGAUGCAUUAAAGGCCUGCCUCAUGCGUAUUCCCUGCACGCACGUGUGCCUCGACCGCUUCAACCAGCUGUUAAAAGAGAACAACGUCGCCCUGCCCAAAGCGCCCCCUAUGCCCAAGCUGCCCCAGCAGCUGUCCAGGGUCACCCAGCAGCUGCCCUCGUUACCCACCCGACUCAACCAGCUGCCCCAACAACUCACAAUCUCAGACCUGCACAGGAUGCCUAAGCAGCAGCAGCAGCAGGGUCGGGACCUGGAGCUGGACCGCCUGGUCCGCCAGUCCCCCCUUCACAACCCACGCACCCCUUCCCCCUCUUCACCUGGAUCCACCCUGGACCUGCCCAACGUGCCUUCCUACCCCCGCCUACCCCCCAUUAGCCUUACCCGCCAGCACUCAGGCCUCUCCAACCCUGCCUUCCACAUCGAGGAUGAGCACACCUCUGCUAGACCUUCAGGUGAUCUACUCAAGCUGUGCAGUCUGAUGCCCAAACCAUAUCCUGGUGAUUUAUCCAUGUAUGAUCUGUGUCUGUUUUAUUCUGCUGUGGUCACUUCUGCAGCUGGCUCCAGACUCAGCAUUCACCCAGCUGUCAAUGUGGAAGACAUGGACUCAGACAUUGAGCACAGAGGGAAGAUGACCCACCAGAUGCCCCAAAUCAUCACUCCGCAGGACCCCAACCUCAAAACCCUCACCGUGCCUGGAGCAUCGAAAACAGGCAGAACCAGGUCACUACUGCGUUUUGGUAUUGGCAUCAGCAUUUCAGCCCAAACUUCCUAUCUCUGUACGCACACACACACACAACAACAACAACACACACACAAAAACACACACUCAUACACACCUGUGGAUGGAAACUGUGCUGGCUCCAGGGACAGAAAACCACAAAAUAUUUGGACUAAAAUAAAGAAGAUGUACUCCUCAGGAGAUGAGGAAGAGGAGGAGCUGGAGACCACAGUGAGGGCAUGGCCCAGCCAGAGCAGCAUCACCAGCGAUGACGGACUGAAGGAGCGUCCAGCAUCCUCUGCCAGUCAGACCAGCAACGUGGUGAAUGAGCGUCUGCAGGAGCUGGUCAAGCUCUUUAAAGAGAGGACAGAGCGCGCCAAGGAGAAACUAAUUGAUCCCGAUGACUCGGACCACGAUACACCACCUGCCUCUCCUGCAAAAGCAGCUCCAGCACCUCCUCCUGAGCCUGCCGAGGAGCCGGAGGCUGAAGAGAAAGCACAGGAUGCUCCUGCAGAGGAGGAGCCUCAGGAAGAGGAGUAUAGCAGGGUGCUGUGCUUUAAGGUGAAGCGUCAGUCCAGGAUGGGCCGCCUGCUUCAGUAUCGCUUCCCGGCUAGCAUCGACCCCUUCACCAACCUGGGCUACGUGCUCUGGUUGUUCUUUGUCACUUUUGCCUGGAACUGGAACCUGUGGAUGAUCCCGGUGCGCUGGGCCUUCCCCUUUCAGACCCCAGACAACAUUCACCUGUGGCUAAUGACCGACUACCUGUGUGACGCCAUCUACAUCAUGGACAUCCUGCUCUUCCAGCCCCGCAUGCAGUUCAUCCGCGGUGGGGACAUCGUGAGUGACAAGAAGGAAAUGAGAGAAAACUACAUGAAAGCUCUGCGAUUCAAGCUGGACGUGGCCAGUCUCCUUCCACUGGAGCUGUUCUACUUCAAAACAGGGAUCAACCCGCUCCUCCGCUGCCCACGGCUACUGAAGAUCUUGUCUUUCUUUGAGUUCAACAUGCGACUUGAGGCCAUUUUGACCAAAGCCUAUGUUUACAGAGUCAUUCGCACCACCACCUACCUACUGUACUCCCUCCACUGCAACGCCUGUCUCUAUUACUGGGUUUCUGCCUAUGAAGGCCUGGGCUCUACACAUUGGGUGUACAAUGGAGAAGGCAAUGCUUAUAUCCGGUGUUACUAUUUUGCUGUAAAGACCCUGAUCACCAUCGGCGGACUGCCGGACCCCACCAAUCUCUCUGAAAUCAUUUUCCAGCUGAUCAAUUACUUUGUUGGCGUAUUUGCCUUCUCCAUCAUGAUUGGGCAGAUGAGGGACGUGGUGGGUGCAGCCACGGCUGAUCAGACGCACUACCGCUCAUGCAUGGACAGCACAGUGAAAUACAUGGGCUCCAACCGCAUCCCCAGAGAUGUGCAGAACAGAGUGAAAACAUGGUACAACUACACGUGGCAGUCUCAGGGCAUGCUGGAUGAAGAGGAGUUACUUGUGCAGAUACCAGACAAGAUGAGGCUGGAUAUAGCAGUGGAUGUAAGCUACUCUAUUGUCAGCAAAGUCCCACUCUUUGAGGGCUGUGACAGGCAGAUGAUUUAUGACAUGCUGAAAAGACUCAGGUCUGUUGUGUAUCUUCCUGGAGACUACGUCUGCAAAAAGGGUGAGGUUGGUCGCGAGAUGUACAUCAUAAAGUCGGGGGAGGUUCAAGUGGUCGGGGGUCCGGACGGGAAGACUGUAUUUGCGACACUGAAAGCAGGAUCAGUGUUUGGCGAAAUCAGUUUGCUGGCAGUGGGUGGAGGGAACCGGAGAACAGCCAACGUGAUAGCACACGGCUUCACCAACCUCUUCAUCCUGGACAAGAAGGGCCUCAACGAAAUCCUGGUGCACUAUCCAGAGUCCCAGAAACUGCUCCGCAAGAAAGCAAAGAAAAUGCUGGCGAAUAAGAAGCCUGCAGAGAAGAAGGAAGAAGCGAAGGAGCCGGUGCAUGUGAUCCCACCACGGGCUGAGACCCCCAAACUGUUCAAAGCAGCACUUGAGAUGACGGAGAAAUCGGGCCUGCGAGGCACGCUGGCCAAACUGAAUAAGAAGACCAACAAGUCCAGUGUCUCAUUACAGCCGUCCGUCUGUUCUUCUGUGCUGCCCGCCUCUCCAGUCCCUGGCCAGCCCUCAGAGCAAGAACCUGAUCUUCUCUCCCAGAUGUCAGACAGCUCGAUGCAGGGAUCUCCCAUCAGCCCCUCUGAUGAGGGCCAGUCAGCUCAGGAGCGCCUGGCUCAUGAAGGGUCAGCACCAACUGAGAGGAAGAUAGUGGGGAAAGACAAGACAGAGCAGUAA